UCACCGGCGGAAAACAUUUUAUUUGUGCUGUGAAACCAGGAGAAACUUGUAAACAACAGAGGUAACGGAGCUAAGGGAAACGUGAGGUGUCCUGUGCCCUCUCAUCUCGAAAUGAACUGUCACUCGGGACUACGAUGGUUGGUAACUUUAUGCGCUUUCUUUCAAGUGGGCUCACCGCGGGACACGCACCAGAGCACGCGGAAAUGUGACAAGCCCGUAUCGCAGAAAGACAUGAACUCCUUCCUGUGGACCGUGAAACGGCCUCCUCCUUACCCUCCGUCCUAUCUGUUUGGGACAAUCCACGUCCCGUACACUCGAGUCUGGGACUACAUCCCUGAGAGCUCGAAACGGGCCUUCCAGACCAGCACCAAUGUUUUCUUUGAACUGGAUCUCACAGAUCCUCUAACCAUCUCAAAACUCACUAGCUGCCAGCUUCUGCCCAACGGAGAAAACCUCCAGACGUUACUGCCACGUGAUCUCUACCGCCGACUCAAGCGCCACCUGGACUACGUCAAACACAUGAUGCCCUUCUGGAUGACGGCAGACCAGCGUGGCCGGGGGCUUUAUGCAGACUACCUCUUCAAUGCCAUUGCAGGGAACUGGGAACGCAAGAGGCCCGUAUGGGUUAUGCUGAUGGUGAACUCACUGACGGAAGCAGAUGUGCGGUCACGGGGAACUCCGGUACUCGACCUGUUCUUGGCACAGGAAGCCGAGCGUCUCGGAAAGCAGACAGGUGCUGUGGAGAGGGUGGAGGAACAGUGCCAUCCCCUGAAUGGACUGAACUUCUCACAGAAUCUGAGGGAUAAUUUAAGCGCCGUGCUCGCCUGGAACGCUCAAGCAGGAGUGAGGUCAGACGGCAAGAUCAUGCAUGGAGGCAAGAAGGAAGGGGUUGGAUGA